AAAGAUAAAUAAAUUUUAACACAGACAGAAAAUAUAAUUUUCUGCACGAUAGAUUUUGCGCGCAGUAAUCGUAGCACGUAUAAUCUACGGCAGUCGGAGAGAUGGGUUUCCGUUGUAUACACGUCCUCGUCACGUGCAGUGUGGUCAAAGCCGCUUCUAACUUACGUUUACAUCUGUAAUGCACUUUCAAACUAGAGUGUUUUUUUAAGAAUACUGAACGAACAUAAAUUGCACAGUGACCUCUUAAUGUUCCAUUUUAUUAAUUUGUAACGAAAGGAUGUGAUUUGAAAAAAAAUCUGCGGGUUAGAUCCUCGCACUAAGUGAACCAUUGGAACGUUUCUUCAAAGCAUCAAAUCUGCUCCGAAGAUUUAUACCAUGACAAAAACUAUAUAAAUUUAAACUUUCCACAUUAGAUAUGAGUUCAUUCGAAGAUAUUUUGCCUACAGCCGCCAACGAGUCCACCUCGCUGGCGGCUUCGGUAGAUCCAACUAAGAUAUUAGGACCCCAACGAGAUGAGCUUUACAUUGUCAUUCCAGUCACAAUCAUUUACGCCAUCAUUUUCGUGACCGGCCUAAUAGGAAACAUAUUUACCUGCUUUGUUAUUGUUCGCAAUAAAACAAUGCACACGGCUACCAAUUAUUAUCUGUUUAGCCUAGCUAUGUCUGAUCUGUUAUUACUCCUCAGUGGCAUACCACAAGAAGUAUACUACAUCUGGUCAAAGUGGCCUUAUAUCUUCGGUCCAAACUUCUGUUGGUUGCGAGGCCUCGCUUCCGAAAUGUCCACUAACGCUAGCAUACUGACCAUAACCUUAUUUACCGUCGAAAGAUAUUUAGCUAUAUGCCACCCUUUCAUGUCACAUAGAAUGUCGAAUCUUUCUCGUGCAGUAAGACACGUGUGUGUCGUAUGGGUGAUAGCUUUCAUAUUAGCAUUACCACCAGCACUACAGUUGGGCAUUACAUAUCAUAAUGGAAUAGCCAUGUGCUUACAGACCCGGGUUAUAGUCGAACACUCUUUUGAAAUAUCGACAUUCCUUUUCUUCCUCGCACCGAUGAUUCUCAUCUCUAUUCUGUAUUUGCUUAUUGGGUUACGCCUUAAACAAGCAGGCGCUGAAAAGGAAAUGCAAGAGCAAUCUCUUUUCGAAUACAGCCGUAACAUAUCAACCACCGCCCGUCGCAAUCCACACGCGGCAACAAAAAGGGUUGUCAAGAUGUUAGUGGCAGUGGUGGUAGCGUUUUUCGUGUGCUGGGCUCCUUUCCAUGCACAAAGACUGGUCGCUAUCUACGGCACCGACGAGAACAACAUCGCCAAGUCUAAGCUGCUUCUUAAGGUGUACGCCUUCCUUACCUACAUCUCAGGAGUGUUCUACUACAUGUCCACGUGCAUCAAUCCCAUAUUUUAUCACAUUAUGUCCAAUAAAUUUAGAGAUGCUUUUAAGGUGACAAUCAGUCAGUUGUGUUGUUACCGGCGGCACCGGAACGAUCCCAAACGAUAUUCAUACACUGCGAUUGCGUUGGGACGUAUGCCAAGCUCCUCAAUUACUCCAAACUCAGGAAGCGUAAAAGCUACAUUUAAUAAUGGUAGUAGUUUAAAAAUAAAGCGAAAACACGCGGAGGACUCCAACGGGAAAGUGAUCAGUGACGUGAAAACCAUUUUUGAUGAUAAGUUGCUCAUUCGACAGUCUUCCGAAAGUGAUAACGAAGUACCUGCUUGCAAGAGAAGACGGUCAGCCACAGUGUCGGAAAUAGCUAAGCUGAGUUGUGUCAAUGAAUGUCAACCAAAGCGGCGAUUUGUCUCUACCAUUGAGAUAACUUCAGUUAAUGACAAUAAUAAUAAAACUAUUUAGGGUGUUGCACAUAUGAAACGGUUAAAAUAAGAAUAAUUUGUAAGUUUAUGAACUUUAACGUUAUCGUCAUGGCAUUUGCGUUGCCCAUGGGAUCGAUGAUCAGGUAGGUGUUGUAAAGCAAUUUCAGACUACUGUCUGACUUUCUUACCUAGAUUGUUGACAGGGAAAUAUUUCCUGGAAAAAUGUCCAUGUUAGCUUUGAGAUAGAUGAGAGAUAAGCGAGCAUAAUUUAGGAAUUAGAUCUUUUAAUUGAAUCUCAGAAAAGAGUCAUUGAGAAAGUGACUGCAGUGUAAUUCUUUCGUCCCAAAGCCGAUCGUUUGAGUCUAAUACGUUUACUACUUGGUCAUCCACACUCAUUAGUAUUUAACAAUCUAUUGAAAAUUAUAUGAUAUACGUAUAUUUAUACGUAAUUCAACUGUUUUUUACAUGAAAUAAAUAAAAUAUGAAUAAAAUUACAUUUACAAAUAAUUAAAAGAAUAUUAUUUUAUGUAUUUAAUACUCUAGAAAUUCUCUGAUGAAAUAAAAGCGCCAAAAUGCAGUGUUGUUUUAUAUUUCCACUAAAUGAGAAUGAUGCACCCUGUUUCAAGUGUUGCUAUAUUAUUUGACUGUUUUAUGUACCUAUGUAACAAGUAAGUAUAUUAAAUGUCUUCAGAAUGUAUCAUCUUCAAAGUUUUAAACACAUAACACAACAGUUGUUUAUAUAUAAAUAUAUAUAGUAAUUUUUUAGAGCACUUUUGUAUCUUUGCAACAGGAUUUUAAAAAUAAGAAGGACGUUCACUUUUAAUUUUAUGUUUUUUAAAAUACAAUAAUAUGAGGUAUGAUAUGCAGAUAUAUGGCAACUUGUAUUAUAGAACCCGUCUCAGAUAGAUUUGUACUCCAUAAAUACUUGUAUUUUUUUAAAGCCAAAACUUCACUGCAAUGCUUAAAAUUGCGAAUAUUUCCCAUCAUGCAGCGCGGCAUUGCCACCUUAUUUUCUUGGGAUUCCUAUGCGAAAAACUUAUAAAAAAUAUAUUUUAUAAACAUUUGUUUUGAUGCAUGAGAUGAUGAUGAUGAUACAGAGUUGAUGUUCUGGUUACUUGCCGAUAAAAAGGCACACCACAGAAUUGCUAUUAAUGCGCUAAUUAUUCGAUAGAGAAUUUAUUUUGCUGUAGCCGCCGCAAUUAAAUUUAUACUUAUUGGCGUCAACUCAAAGAAAAAAAAUUAUUGUUUGCGGUGUCGGUUUUAUGUUUUAUAGGUAAGUUAUGAUAAUUCAUUGGAUUCAGUCUAUACUUCAAUGUGAGUCUACUCUGUGCUAUUCGUAAGAGUAGUCAGUAGAAUAAAAUUGGUUGUCGUUGAAGCUUAAGUGUAAUUGUACAUAAACAACUCGUUAUUAAGUUUUCCUUAUAUGAGAUGAGAUCAGCACAGUAGAAAAUCAGUGGAUCAUAAUCAUGUAUUUCUAUUUAUCACACUUAAUAAAAGAAAACGUUUUUAAAAGAACACUGCAGGAGAGAAUGUGAAAUUUAACAAAACAUAGCAUUAUAAGUAUCUAUGACAUUUUAAGCGAUACUAUUAUAUAAUAGUUCUUAAUUUAUCGAAUAUGUAUCUGAAAACAGCCAAGUUAUUUUUGUUCCUUUCUAUCUAUAUUUUGUAUUGGUACAAAGCGAUACGAGUGAUAUUUUGUAGGUAAUUGUUUUGUUGUUCAUACUUAGGGAGUUUUAAAUUUAUUGUGUUAAAUGAAGUAAAAAUAUAAAAAAACCUGUAACGAUAUGGUCUGUUUUAAUUAAGGGAAAUAUUCUGGACAAGUAUAUAACUUACGUUUCAUGCUAUAUACUAUUCAUAUAUCUUACUUUGCUCACAGUAUUUGCUCAAUUUUGAUGAGAGUUUGAUCUCUCUUGUUUGACCUAUUAGAAAGCUUUUUCAAUAUUUAGUAUAUGCCUCAUUUGAGGUUGAAAUGCCAUAAAAAUAUUUUACUUAGUUUAAACGAUCUUAUAUUAAGUUUAGAUAGGUUUAAGUUGUUUAUAUAUAACAAUGCUGUGAGAUCAUGGCCAGAGAAAAUUAAGUAGAAUUAAAUCUAGUAAAUACGUAUGUACGUAAAUAAAUAAAUUGUUGACAAAUAUUAGCAGGUAAAGACUGAAUUUAUUGGUGUGUAAUUUCUGAAAAUGACAAUUUGGCGAGCUUAUUAUGUGACUGAUACAAUAUCGAAAGCUGUUUGUUUACAUGAGAAAUUGUUUUCGACAUUUUUCUAUGUUAUAAAUGUAGCUAUUCAUGUAUGGUGUGCACUAUAAUUGAGAAUUUAAAAAGAAAUAUUAAUAUUCUGUAAAUAACAAACAAAACAUGUAUGAGCUAAAUUUCCAUGCUGGUGAUAGUAAAAAAAUACGUUUGUGAAUGAAUUUAGAUAUGGACCAGAAAUUCAAAUACUAUAUUAAACUAUUGCUCCGCCUGAUUGUGUAAGUUAUUUCUCUUUAGACGACAUCAGUUAAAAAAAAACAUAAAGCCUUAUGAUAUAUAAACACAAUCUACAACAUGCCUUUUUUAAUAUCUUGAUCUAAUUUAUAUUGAAUAUUAAUUCCCAACUCAUUCGGAACUACUUUCAUUAUACCUACUGAACUUUCUAAAUUUAUCAGACUCUGUGAUAAGAAUCAUUGCGUAAAUAUUAACCAAACUUGAAAGCAAGUGAAGUUCUAAUUUCGUGUAUUAUUUAGCAAAUUUUUAUUUUAUAUCCUCAAUCAAGAUCAUCAAGACAUAGUCGUCGUAAUAGCUCACCACUGAAAGCAUUGCUAAGAAAGGGCUUCACUGAAUAAUCGUCAGUAAUUCUUUAUUCUGGCAACUGUUACAGUUGCGACUUGGGAGAACCCUGGAUCUGUGUUUGAAAUAUCGAAAGAAAGUAUUUCUACAGCAUACUUUUGAAAAUAUGUCAGGUUAUUUAUAAACAU